AUUAAUGAUUAAUUUAACAAAUGAAUCGAUAAUAAAAAAAUUUAUUCAACCAAAACAAUGCGCCGGAAAUACUUAUUUUGAUACAUUAACACUUUCAUGUGAAUCAUGUACAAAUUUUUUUUCAUCAAAAUUGAUUUCAAAUAAUUCUCGUGAAUUUCUUCAAAGUCAAUUGGAUAAACGAACUGAUUGUGUUUGUCGGGAUGGUUAUCGUACUAUAAUUCAAAAUGGUCAAUUAGAAUGUUUACGAAUAUCUGAAUGCAGAAAUGGACAAACAUUAAUUAAUGGAUAUUGUGGUUAUUGUCCAGCAAAUGGUUGUGAUUGUACUGAUGGAAAAAUUUUACGUAUAAAUCAUGAAACAAAUCAAUUCUAUUGUUCGGAUUGUCACCCAUUCGAUGAUUUAUGUUGUCAAAGUUGUCAUUUAUCAUUUUAUUUGUUUAAUGAUGGUCAUUCAUGUCAUUGUCCAGAGACAAGUCAUUUGAUUGAAGAUGGUAAUUUUAUAUCAAAAUUUUUAUACGAUUCGUUAAGACCUGCCAGUAAGCGAUCUCAGUUUACAAUUGUAGAUAUAAUCGAAAUCAAACAGCUUGUCAAUAUUUGA